AUACCUGCAGUUAACUGCAUCAACAUACAGAAAGCACAGACUAGUGAAAAAAAAAAGUCAACGGAAGACUGAUUAUUUUUCCUUAAUGUCAGCUUACACUGAAAUUGCCUUAGAUUAUACAUCUAAAAAAUGUAGAACCCCGACCACAUCUAUGCAUUGAUCUUGGAGAGUAGCGUCUCUUAUGGCUAAAUUUUGGCUGCUAUGUUUUGUUCGGCUUCAAAGCCCAAUGGAGAUCUCCUGUUUUCUUUUAAGCUAAACUGAGUAAACAUAAAUUAAUAGUCAAGAAUUAAAUGAUGCUAUGUAUUGUUCUUUGUUGUUAAACUUUCUCCAUCAUGUAAUUAGGCUGAAAAUGAUUCUUUACUCACCUGUUAAAAUAGGCUCUGUAUUAAUUAUUAUUGCAGAUUUGAAAGAUUUUUUAUGGUUAUAUGAAUCAGUAAAUAUGUGACUUUACAUUAGGUGGUUACUGUAUUACUACAACAUUAUUAAACCGUGUGUGAUUUUAAUGUAGCGGUUGUUAACAGAUCAGAGCCUAACUCCCUACAACGAUUGUCUAAAUUUGUUUUUAUUUUGUACACCAACCCCGGAAGUUAUUCUUGUACCCGUAUUCUGGAGUUUGACACCGGCAAACGUUUGGCUCUCCAUUCAUUUUACUCGCAUCCAGCAGCGAGCCCUCCCCUCCACUUUCUCUCCGCCUGGAAAGAUGGCUCCUCCGGCGGAACCGAGGAGCUCUGGCCCGACGCUCUGCCCGAGCUUCGCAGAGGCCUGUUCUUUCCUAGACCGAUACGGAGCGGUGCUGGAUCUGCCUGAGAUGACUUUCCCGCAAAUGGAGAGGUAUCUGCGGGACACGACGACAGGUAAGCGUUCGAUAAUAGCGAAGAAGCAGUGGAAAGCUGCGACACUGUACAACUGAAGACGGGGCCACCACCACUGACACCAUCAUCACUGAUGAGGAGGAUGAGGAGAAAUGUUGUAUAAGUGUAAUGUGGCCCUGCUGCACGGCUUCGGGUUGUAGUCCAUGAAAUGUCUUUCACUUUCUCCCCGGCUGUGCCGAAUGUUGGUUUGAGACAGUCAAGAGCUGUGUCCAAGUUCUGACGGAAACCGUCGGGCAAACAGAGAUGCUAACACUGAGCUAAGUAACCUACUCUGCUGUAAAGCCAAUCUCUGUCACCUGAACUGUGUUGUGAGCAGAAGUUAGGGCUAACGGACACCGACGAAGCAACAUAAUUUGACACAGUAGCAGGGAGUGUUGGAACCGGAGCUGGAUGACAGGUCGUCGACAGCGAUGUCAGGACUGUUGUGGAGCUGUCGUUGUUAAAAUUUUGGUUUGGGAGCCAUGAUGCAGCAGUGCCGAGCGAACACACAGCCAACCAGCUCCGGACUGUUGUCAGUCCCCAAACCUCUCGUGGAGCUCCAUGUCAAGCUGCUCAGAAAACUGGGAAAGUCUGUGACACCAGACCGUUGGGAAAAAUACCUGGCUAAGGUUUGCCAGGAUUUGAAUAGUACCUGGGCAUGGGAGCUGGAACAAAAGGGCUACCAGGAAAUGUCCAUGGAGUGCAAGUCAAGCAUUCUCAAAUAUCUUUGUGAGUGUCAGUUUGAUGACAACCUGAAAUUCAAGACAGCGAUCAACGAGGAGGAUCCUGAGAAGAUGCGUCUGCAGCCUAUAGGUCGGGACCAGCAAGGUCUGAUGUACUGGCUGCAGUUGGACCACGAGCAAAACAUCAGGCUGUACACAGAGGAGCAGGAUGAUCUGGACGGGUCCUCGUGGAAGUGUAUUGUCAGGAACCGUAAUGACUUGGCCGAAGCUUUGGACUCACUGAAGGCCCAGAUUGAUCCAAACCACAAUCAAGACAAGGACCAAGACCAGGACCAGGCCUUAUCUCGAUGCUCCAGUCCCACACAGAACAGAGCAGGUGUGGACGAUAGUGUAAUCACCAACCCUUACCCUGUCAAGGAUGGGGAAGAACUCACUGAUAGCAAGGAGAUUCACCCAAUAAAGGAAGCAAAGCCCCUGCAGCAAGUGAUAAACCAGGAGUUGCAACAGCCAAACAAGUGGGACAAUGACGAGACUGAGGUGAAAGAAGAAAAUGUGGACCACAAACCCUUAACAUUAGAUAACCGUGUAAGCACUAUUACCACCGUUAUCAAAACAGAAUCCAGGGACACAGCUGCCCCGAAAAAUGCAGUGUCUGUUGUCAUGGCACCAGGUGCAAUCCUGACAAAACAGGAAGUGAAGAAAGAAGAUGAAGCAGAGCGGGCAGCAGUCAGGAGUAACCAGCAGGCCAAUAUCCCUCUGAAAAAGAGGGACCUAAAGCUAACAGAGAGCUAUCAGAGUAAUCAUGUGAACAUGAACAGUAGCAGCAGUAUUAUUGUGUGUAACCCCUCAGUGAUCCAGAGCAAGGACUGUCUGGGACGAGAUGGGAAUUUAACAAACUCAGUGGCUCCACUCAGUGGACAGAUUUUGUCCCAGCCGCUGCAGCCUAUGGUCACUGCCUCCAGGCAAGAACUGACCAAUGGAAGAGCGCCUGUGGUUCUGCCUCACAAAGAGGGAGACAACAGAGUCACCGGCGUCAUAGGCCAAGUUGGUGUCAUAGGUCAUGUAGGGGUCAUUCGCAGCCCCUCUGAGCGUCACAGAGUUGAUGGCGUUAACCAACAGGAACCAAACGGGCCAAGUUUGGACUCUACCAGAGUAGUGGAGGAAGAGAGGGAAGUCAGUCGGCAGUCAGUGCUGGUCAGAAAGGGACCAACUGAAGGGGACACAGCAGCCGCCACUGCACUGACUCCUCAAACAGCAAUGGAGGCUAAAAUGACAAGCUCAAAAUGUGAAGUAGCCUCUGAAGCAGCAGAAAACAAGGCUGAUAUUAGUGGCAUUGUCUCGCUGUCUACAGAGGAGCCUGGCAGAGAAAGGGCAGAGGACCUGACUAAGAAAACAACAGAGGAACAGUUUAUCAUAGGAAUGAGCAAAGAGUGCAGCAGCCAUCAGCAGGAGGCUGAUCAUUUGAAGGACGAGAGCACAAAAGUGUUGGAUGCAGAGGAUGGCAGUAACAAUGACCAAGAGAGGAAUAAAAGCACUUUAGUUAUGGUGAAGGUAGAGUCGGCCGACACAAUUCCACCACUGAAAUUACAUCAACAUAUUGAAAAGGAGCACCUGCACCGUCAGAGAGAUGGAGUCAAUGGUUUGUUGGAAGCCCAGGUCAGAGUCAGGGAUAUUGGGCUUGGUUCAGAAGAGAAGCGAGUUCCACUGGAGGAGGCUUCCUCUGAGCUGCAGAAGGAAGGAAUCAGGCUCAAGAUAAAGAUUCCUCCUCACAGAAGGAACAAGUUAAGAGGCAAAGGAGAGCGAGAGGAGCAGAAAGAUAGGGUACGGGAACGGCUGGACAGUAUGAGGCCACUCAGGAGAUCUGCCAGGAUCUGCAGGCCAAGUUCGAAGGUAGUUGAGAGCCAGAGAAAGAAACCACAGAAAAAGCAGAAAGUGCCUUCCAAAGAGAGAGGUGGAGAAGAGGAAGAUGAGGAGGACAUGGAUGAAGAGGAAGAGCAGACCCUGGUUGCAAAGAAAGACGAGAAAACAGAUUUGGUUAUUCAUACCAGAAAAAGACGGGGUAAACGAAGGCAUGGACGACCUCGAUGGUACAACAUACGCCCAAAGAAGCGCAAGCUGAAUGAGGAAGUGGAUGAUAGAGAGACGAUCCAGGCAGAGGAGUUGGUCGAGAUAGGGAGCGGCUCAGGAGAAUCCUGCAAAUCAGAGAAACUAGUCAGUGAAGAUGCCUGCACUCACUGUGGUCUUCCAAACCAUCCUGAACUGAUUCUACUGUGCGACUCCUGUGACAGUGGGUACCACACCGCCUGUCUUCGGCCACCACUCAUGUUGAUUCCAGACGGCGAGUGGUUCUGUCCACCCUGUCAACAUAAGUUGCUGUGCGAGAAACUAGAGGAGCAGCUGCAAAAUCUGGACAGUGAACUGAAGAAAAAGGAGCGAGCAGAAAGAAGACGUGAGCGCCUGGUGUACGUGGGGAUCAGCGUGGCAAACAUCAUACCAGAGGGAGAUGAAGAAAAGCUGGAGGAGAAGAAGAAAGAUUCUAAGAAAAGUAAAAACCUUGGAAGAAGGUCCACUAGAACCAGGAAACACAUAAGUUACAGGUUUGAUGACUUCGAUGAUGCGAUUGAUGAGGCCAUAGAAGAAGACUUUAGAGACCUCUGUGGUCAAGGGAGAGACAUCACUGCCAUCCAAUCAGGGGAUGGGAAGGAGAGCCAGCAACCACUCAGAAAACAGGCACAUUCGAUCCGUAGCAGGAAGAAGCGGAGGCUGAAUGACCUGGAGAGUGACAGCACAGCUGUGGAGAGUGAGGACGAGUUCAUGCUCAGCAACAGCUCAGAGGAUGAAGACUUUGCUGCGUCAGGAGGAGAAGAAGAUGAUUUUGAGGAAGAUGGUGGCAGUGAUGUGGGCAGCUGGAAGAGUGGGUCCAAGCCCAGACGAGUGCUGGGAGCUGUGUCCAAACACAAGGCCAACAAGACCCUACACCGGGGUAGGAAACGUCUAAAGCGACAGCGAAGACACUCUUCUGAAGAGGAGGAGGAGGAGGAGGAAGAAAGUGACAGAGAUAUGGAUUCAGAUCAAAUCAGCGAUAUGACUGACAGUGAUGACAAAAAAAGACGGGGUCUGAGGCGAGGCCAGCAGCAGCAGGUCAACUAUUGUGAGACAACCGAGUCCUCAGAUAACUCUCGCUCUUCUGUCAAUCAGAAGAAGGUCAAACGACGAGGCAGGCCACGCAAACAGCGUCUGUCCAGUGAUUACAGUGAUGUAUCUCAUUCUUCCAGAGAUUCAGAGGAGGAGGAUUAUGAAGAAGAGGAGGAGAAUGACCACCGAAGGAGAGGGAAGUGGAGGAGAACAGACAAGGAGGACUUGCGGAGUUGCAAAAUGGGAGAAAGGCGGGGGAAAUACAGUGUUGGCGACAGAGAGAGAUGGAGGUCGAUCAAACAGAAAAAGUUAAUGCGACGGGAAAAGGAGAAGCUGAGACCAGUGAAGAGGACGGACAGGAAGGAGGAGAGCAUCGAGGAGAUGGGCAGAGGAAGGAGAAGAGAGAUUCUCUCUCAGCAGCGACGCAAAAGGCUUGCACAGAUGCUCAAGAAACGCCGGCCUUCAACAGAUGAAGAAGACGAGGAGGGGUCGGCCAGGUCAGACGAAUCAGAUGAGUCAGAUUUUUCUUCAGAAGAGGACCGUCCUAUCCGCAAGAGACUUAAUCGCAUUGACUCAGAUGACGAGGACAUGCAGGAGGAAGGGGAAGAGGAUGCAGAAGAUGAAGAGGAGGAGGAGGAUGUAGAGGAGGAGAAGGAUAUAGAGGAGGUAGAAGGAGGAAGGAAGAGGAAAAACUCCUUAAUAGUUGAGAUGGGGACUGAAGGCGAAGCCCAAGAAAAGGGAAGAGACUGUAGCUCGUCUCUGUCAGACAGACACCGGACCCUCAGAGAAACAGUGAAGCCUGGUCCAGGAAGUCCUGCAGUGUCCAGGGACAGUGAUCAGCAGGACCCUCAGAAUGGUCCAUUCCAUUCAGAGGAUGAGGAGGAGAAUGAAGAUGCAGAGGACCAGACAGACUCCUUAAACUCUAUCCACAACCGUCAACACUCAUGAUGGCUGUGAUUGUGCUUUUUUUUUUUUUUUUAAUUUCUUUCAGUUUGUUUUUUUUUUUAACUGCCAGGCCUUUUACCCAUAAACCACCUGUGAAACGUGGUAUCUUUAUUCCUCCCCUCCUCCUCCUUUCUGUUGUGCUGUGAUAGAGUGCUGUUCUCCUUCACAUACUGUACCUCACAACAGAAAUCGUCAGUUCCUCUCACACACACAUCAUGGAGUCUUGGACCUACAGCAGCUCACAGCACUGAGUGUUUGAGCAGACGCACUCAGUGGCCACUUUGGGAUUUUGGACUAUUUCUCUGAACUUCUGGGUUACACUGCUGGGUCCAUAUAUGGUAGGAUGAUUGUGUGUGUGUGUGUGUGUGUAUGUGUAUACUGUAAGUGUGUACGUGUGUUUGCAUUACCUUGUUCUAAGGCACUUCUCAUUCUCAUAGCACUUAAUAACCUGCCACCAAGGAGAGCACAGGUGUCAAACCAAACAAGAACAAGUCAGGAGACAUAAAGGAAAAAAAACCCACUGUUCCCCCUGGUGGCUUGUUUGCAAACAUCAACUUUGUCUGCCCAAAAGACUUUCUCAGCAUCUUCACAUAUGUUAUAUGCAAAGAUUAAUUGUUUUAUUGAAAUAAUGUUAUGUUUAAUCAACAGAAAAAACAAUAAUGUCUAGGCAAAAAUUAUCGUAUCGAGUUUAGUUAAAAAGCUUACACACACUUGUUUACAUUCAAGGUCAAAUAAAGGCAUCGAGAACCUUUGGCAUUUAUUGUUGAACCUACAGUAUAAUCUGUACAUCUAUUAAAAUGAUAUUGGACACAAUUGGCUGGGAACAGAUUUAAACUCACAUUUAAAAUUGUUCCAAAAAACGACCUUUCUAUGUGACUGUGACUGACUGCACCAAAGAAGUUUUUUCUUUCUUGCAUUUAAUGUUUUGCAUCACACGGUAAACAUCCUGGUCAGUGAAGAGUUCACAGAAAUCAAUAGGGAUUUCAGUUUGAGAGGUUUUAGCUAAACAAAUUUCAGAAAGUGAAUUGAACACUAAGAGGGGCAGCUCCUUACAUUUGUCAUAUUCACAUGUGUUCUUCAUUUGUCUGGGCUCAAGGGGGAAAAAAGAGCCUGUAAAACUCUGAUAACACUUGUAUCAGGUUCCCAAAAGCAUGCGAGUAAAUUUGUUGUAGUUUAAUAAAACCCAAGUUAAUCCUUUUCACCAUGAUUUUUAAGUAAUGUUUUGCUCAUCAUUGGAAGAGUGCUCUACUCACUGUAGAUCAUGGUGAUGUCAGUGUCUUGCUGUGGGGAAGUUUAGCUGAAUCUUAAGUCAAAUGUGUGUGUGUGUGUGGGGGGGGGUUUAUUUAUCAGUCUGUGUUUCUAACACAAAACUGCCAGGUGUCUGCUACAGUAUGAGACUGGAUAGAGAAAAGACUGACAUUCCAGAAUAUCACAUUUCCAAACAUACAGCUAAACCAACAGAAAGUAUGUCCUGUUCUGUCAGAUCACAGAUAGAACAGAGUCAGUGCUAAAACAGAACCAACACUUCUUUAAUGUUUUAGCUUACUUAUACUGUACAACCCCAUAAUUUGUUUUUGUUUUUUUGUUUUUUUUUAUUUAUUUUAUUAUGACAAGAAUUGUGAUGGUAAAUAUUUUAGUGUCUUCUUUUUUCAUUUGAGAAAUUAGCAAAUGAAUAAGUGUGUGUAAGCUUUUUAUCACCAUAGUAGCUUGAAAUUAUGUUUUAGGUGACAUGAACAUAAAUGUUAGAUGUUUUAAGGCAACAGAAAAGACGAGAGUAUCAUUGAAGACUGACUAAUGAGCUCUGGCUCCAAGGCCCCAACUUUGUUCUGCGUUGGCUUUGACACUGGUCGCUCGCAUUCACAGUCCUUGGUUUGGUGGGAACAUGUUUGCUGUACAUACUCUGCCUGCACACUGUAAGAUAAUAGAUGUUCUGUUCUUAGUCCUCUUGUAAAAUAUAGUGUUAUAUUUUCUAUAUGAAGGACACAGGAGUUUGAAAUGCUGCUGUGGGCAGAUUUGUGCUGACCUUUGACCUGUGUGCUAAUAGAAAUCCAGAAGAAAGCCCGUUCGCAGCUGAAACUGUUACAAAGAUCUGAGUGCUGCUCAUGUUCUGGCAACUGUUGUAUACGUCUUUUUGAAAACAUUUCGGUGCACUGACAUUUUCCCCAGAGGAUUUUUUAGAUGCUUUAUUUUCUUGAGUGGGGCUCAGUGGGGAGGACCAACACUUGUUUCCUUCACCAGUCAUCUCACAAUGGGGCCACUCUGUUUUUAGUUCACUGAACCCCAGUGUAAAUAGGAAGGUUAAGCCUGAGACGUUCGGGUGUGUGUCUCAGACUAAAAUGUCUUUAUUAAAACAUAAAUACACAAAGUGAUUCACUGAGUAACGUGAACUGACACUGGUUACGUCAUAAAACACAGCUCAGGACAGUAACAGCUGCAGAAAAAGAAAACUAUCUCACAUUUUAAACUUUCCUGGAAUAAUAUAAAUAUGUAAAACAAAUGUAAGAGAUGGAAGAUUGCAAAAUAGAAAUAAAAAAAAAUCUCCAGAAACAUCAGGAGAAAAUGUGGGAAAAGAACGUAGACAAGCCUUAAUAAUGUUUUUUUUUUACUCUUUUGCACUUUUGUUUUAAGUUGGUUAGUAUAUUUUUACAGAUGUAAAUCACAUUGUCAUCAGUGUGUAAAACAAUAGUCUGCUAUGAACAUUUGACUGUUCCAAAAAAAAAAAGAAAAGAAAAGAAAUUACAAUAUGUUAACCAACAUGGAGAGAACGAUAGAUAGAAGUGUUUUCAGCAGAGUUAGCUGAGCUGAUCUCAGGUCUGUCAGACAUCCUUCACACGUUACAAUUGUUUUCAUCCAUAUUUGACCUCAAGAAACAAAUCUGUUGAUUUAGAGUUUUAGAAGUUUAUUUUAUUUUUAUUAGAUCUUAAAAAACCCCUCCAAAAUCUGUGGGUCCAUUUUACAUCUGAACCUUUCAAAUCUUCCGAUACAGGGAGAAAAAAAACUGCCACUUGUUAGACAAUACCAACAGUUAUGAUUGUUCAAGUGACCAUUGAGAACUUGACUUGAAAAAUUACAGCUUCAGAGCAGUUUUUUUUGUUUGUUUGUUUGUUUGUUUUUAAUACAUUUUGGUUUCUUACACGUCAGAAAUCAGGCUUAUUCUGUUUGGUAAAAGAAAGUGGUUUAAUUGAGAAAAUGCACCAAGUGGAUGUGACUGCUGCUCCUUCCAUGUUUCUGUUGUACUGUUGCUGUAGUUUUGCUGUAACAUAAAUGUUUUAUAAAUUAUUAAAACCAACAUCCCAGGCAUCUCUCGAAACACAUAAAAAAA